CACCUGCAGCCCUGGAGGGCGAGCGCCAUGGCGGCGCUUUGCUCUCUCCCCGGCAGCCCGGACCUGUCCGCGCUGCGGGCCACGUUACAGGACCUGCUGGGCUUCCUGAGGGCAGCCCUGCCCAUCUGCAGCGCGCACACGGUGGACUUCUACACCGAGUCGCUGUGGCGGGAGCUGGUGGACUUGUCGCCGGACGGCGUGCUGGCGGCGCUCGGGGCGCCGGCGGGGGCCGAGCCGCGGGAGGCGGGGCCGGGACCAGGUCUUAUUGAUCUCCCCAGAGUAUUUUGUGAAAGGUCUCAGAAGCUGUUGAGCACGGAAGCCUUCGCUCUAGCCGCCAGACACUACUCUGUGCAAAGCUUGGGUCUGUGUACUCCUUUUGAGCAGUUGCUUACAGCCCUUGGAGUAAAUAAAGAACAGAGGACUGAUACGUGUGAAAAUGUGAAGGCAAUUGAGUUUAUGAAUACAAAAAAAUCUCAUGAGGUUCAAGCAAUGUCAGAGCUAAUCUGCAGUAUCGCUGAUUACUGUGGUUUAAAGCAGAUAAUUGACGUGGGUUCUGGUAAAGGCUACCUAAGCUCCUUCUUGUCCUUAAAGUAUGGUUUAAAUGUCUACGGCAUCGAUUCCUCAAAUACCAAUACUCAUGGAGCUAAGGAGAGAAACAGGAAGUUGAGGAGACACUGUAAGCUGAAUCAUCGUCAGACAAGAGUAGAUGCCAGUGGAGCGGCAUUAAAAAUGCCGAAAGCAGUGGAAACUCAGAAGGAAGCAGAGUGUAAGGGAGGUGUUGAGAGCGCACCCAAGAGCAGCCUGGGGAGUCAAAACAUGGCUGCCGAUGUCUUGCCAGAGGUUUCAGAAUCAGCCGUUUCAGUCAUUGGGAAACAGCAAGAUCUACAUGCUCAGCCACGAGAAGAAGACAAGUUCUGUUUGGAAAAUGCCUUUUCUCUCAUGGACCUUUUGCCUGUUGAUGCCAUCGAACCUACCUCACCCCAGGUGCACAACACAGAAAUGUCUGAAGUGGGGAAACAGAGAAGAGAUAUGAAAUCCAAGCCAAAUGAUUCAAGUGUAUAUUCACCACUGACCUCUUUUAUCACUGCUGACUCAGAAUUACACGACAUUAUUACAGACCUGGAGGACUGUCUAAUGGUGGGGCUGCACACUUGUGGCGACCUUGCAUCAAACACUCUGCGGAUCUUUGCAUCCAAGUCUGAAGUCAAGGGAGUUUGCAGUGUGGGCUGUUGCUACCAUCUCUUAUCUGAGGAAUUUGAAAACCAGCCUAAAGAAUAUGCCCAAGAAAACUGGGGAUUUCCAAUGUGCCGCUAUCUGAAAGAGGAGAGAUGGUGUUGUGGCCGUAAUGCAAGGAUGUCAGCGUGCUUGGCAUUGGAACGGGUUGCAGUUGGCCAAGGGCUGCCCACUGAAUCGCUCUUCUAUCGUGCUGUUCUUCAGAAUAUCAUUAAAGAUUAUUAUGGCAUCACCAAAUGGUCUCUGAAGAAAUUAUCAUGGACUACUAUGAGAAAUAUAAGCCUAGAAUGAAUGAACUGGAGGCAUUUAAUAUGUUGAAAGUUGUCCUGGCUCCUUGCAUAGAAACCCUGAUUCUUCUUGAUCGACUUUGUUACCUGAAGGAACAGGUAUCAUGUUAUUUUUCAGAGCCUAACAAAUAUCUUUAUUAGGUGGAAAAAAAAAAAUAAGUAAAAUCAUAUAGCUGGGAUAAAGGUAUUUCACACAAAUUAGUAAGAUAAUGUCUCUCAUACCCUAUUACUUUUAAUAUUCACUCUAUUUCCUGCUUAAUAUGUAAACAUAUGUACAGCAGAUGUCUUCAAAACUUGCUGUAAUAAACUUGAUUUUUUAAAAUUAUGUGAUAGUUAAUAUUCAUAGACAGUGAAUACAAGUAAUCAUAUGUGAUCUUAGAGCCAAAAUUAAUCAUGGCCAGGCAUAGAAGAUCCUAUGUACACAUUUCACUUUGUAAGGCUUGGUCUUUUAAUGUGCUUUGGAUAUAUAUGUUCUAUGAUGUGCAAAUAUCUUUCUAAUCAGUGAGGAGUAUUUCUUCUCUCCCACAAUCUUUAUCAUGUUGUCUGUGUUAUAUGGUCUACUGAGCUGUGGUCAAUAAAUUGUUUUGAACUGUGUAAUCCCUUUCAUAGAAUCAACUUAUUGUCCACUAUAAAUCCUUUAUUUUAACAACUUUAUUUGGAUACUUACUGAUUUUUCUUUUCAAAAGACUUCUUUAAAUAAAUGGAUUUUAUUAAA